AAUUGUAUGAAUAUUUCUAUGCAGGUGGUAGCUGAGCAUAUUACAAAACUGCUAAAUGGCGAUGAGGACGGGCCAAAGGUCAGGGCACAGGAACGCUCAAUGAACAGAUUUGUAGGCUGUUGUCCUGAUGAAGUAUUUGAGACAUAUGUGAAGGAGAAGAAAACAGUUGGACAGAAACGAAAAAGACAGCAUGACCACCAAGCUGCCAAUGGUGAAAGCGCAGCAGAAACAAACAUGGAGAAAAGAUACCCCAAAGGACACUUACCUCCUGCACCUUUUACUCUGACUUGUGAAGAGAAGAAGCAAGCUGAUGCGAGGCUGUCUUCUAUGCACUUCCCAGUAGGUUUCGGUGAUGUACCAGGUAGCCUUUUCACACACAUACGUGGGGGAGUGAAGUCACACACAUGGAAUCGGUUGUUUACCAAUGGAGUGUUGCGGUAUUGUUUGAGGGGUAUGCUUGGUACUGAGCAGCGGGAGUCUCUCAACAACUUCUUGAUGGGAUUGGAGACUCUUUUCAAAUCGCCUUCAGACCUGAACACCAACGACCAAGUUGCAGAAGGAUGGCAUGUCACUCUAUGCAGAAUGGAAAGGGAUUUCCCUUUAUCUCUACAGAGCUUUGUGAUGCAUUUACUCCAUCAUCUGCCAAGUUAUGUGAAGUUGUAUGGACCUCCUAGCAACUUCUGGAUGUUUCCCUAUGAAAGAUUCAUUAAGACCCUGUCUGAAUGUAUCACUAACUCCAGGUACCCAGAGCUGAAUGUAGUCAAGAAGAUGGAGACUCAAUGGUUGGUGAAUAUGCUGGAUAUUGCUGGUUUCCUUGAACCGCUGCGCAGUAGACCUGAGCCCCAACAGACAGGCUUGCGCUACUUGGAACAAGGGGCCUACAGACCAAAGCCACAACCAGUCAAUGAACUAGAGCGCAAGGCACUUGCUCGACUGUUUGGGAUACCAGCACUCACCAACCAGUGUAUCACUGUCUUCCACUACGCGAAGAGACAUCUUGGAGGAUCAGAGGUACAGUAUAGAGACAGUUCCGUGGAGGACCCUAACCAACGAGAAAAAGCCUGCAUGGUUGCCUGCGAUCUGCCUCAGGGCCAGUUUGUGGGUGUAGUGAAGUACUUUUUCUCGUGUGUAAUGAACACUGACACCCAUGAACUGGUUUUCAUGGAGUGGAUAGGCAAACCGGAACAGUGCUCUGACUCGAAGUGCUUCAAGGUUCAGAGGACUCUACGACCACCACCCCCUUUAACAUGGGUGUCACAGCUGUCUGCACCUUUGAUUUAUGCCUGGGAUAAGGAGGUGCUUUGGAUUCCAAUGAUGUGAUAACAAUGACAGGGCAAAACCGAUUUGAAAGGGGAAUCAUCUGUUCAAAAGUGUUCAUUGUGUAAAUAAAUUUCGAACUGUUUGUAAAGAGGAUUUGGUUCCAUAGUGGCACUCAUAUUUGAGGAGACCGAAACCAAAGUUCCCUGAAUGCUUGUUUGUUUGUAUAGAAUGUAACUAUUUUGACAUGCACUUAAUAUUUGUACAUAUUUAUAAGAUUGACAUUAUUAGAAUAGGCUAAAGUGGCUUUGGUUCCAUAGUGGCACUCAUAUUUGAGGAGACCGUAACCAAAGUUCCCUGAAUGCUUGUUUGUUUGUAUAGAAUGUAACUAUUUUGACAUGCACUUAAUAUUUGUACAUAUUUAUAAGAUUGAAAUUAUUAGAAUAGG